GCUUAGCCGUCAUUAUCCAUCAUUGAUUUAUUAUUAUGUCAUGUCGGAGAAAUUAGCAAAACAACAACGCUAGGGACAGUUUAAACUCGUUUUCCAGACAUAAUAUAGUAUCACAACAUAAUGAAGAAUUUCAUUUAAUUUCUUAGAGUGUCAGACAGGCAGAGAGAGAAAAUAGAGAUGGAGAAACCAAGGUGGUGGUUGUUACUGUUACCUGGUAUUGUAUUGUUGAAUUUGGUGGGUCUUUGCAAGGCAAUCGAAUCGCCACAGUAUGUUGUGGUGCAUGCAGAAUCGGAUUUCGAGGUGAGAUUGUAUGUGAAUUCCACAUGGAUGUCUGCUCCAGUUAAUGAACUCUCCUUUGAGAAAGCCACCUUGUUUGGCUUUCAUAGGUUGUUUCAAUACAUCCAGGGUGCCAAUCUAAACUAUUCGAGGAUUGCAGUGACAGUUCCCUUAGUGACCAGCAUAGUUCCAGGAGCUGGGCCCUUCCGAUCAUCUGCCUAUGUUGUUCGGUUUUAUUUGCCUGUGAAACUCCAAGCUGACCCACCCGUCCCCCUUGAUGAACUGCACCUGAAACCUUACGCAUGGAUCAGUCAUUGCGUUGCUGUGAGGAAGUUCUCUGGGUAUGCGAAGGAUGACAAUAUUGCAAAGGAAGCAAAAAGACUCGCUGUCAGUUUGAGCAGGUCGCCAUGGGCCAACUUAAGCGCUAGCGAGAGCAAUUAUUCCUAUUCUAUUGCUCAGUAUGAUUCUCCAUUCCAGUUUAUUGGUCGUACCAAUGAAGUGUGGGCAGAUAUAAAAGUAUCCGGAGCAGAUGGCUGUAAAUCCACUGGAAUAGCCUCAUACUGAAGAAUUGCAGACCGAAAGGAUCAAGCACAAACAUAAUAAACCACUGUAGUUUCCUUAUUCUCAUAUAUAUUUCUCUGUGUGUGUGUGUGUGUAAAAACAUGUUUAUGUAUUCCAUUUCAGCUUGUAAGUUGAUACCAUAAGAACGUGAUGCUUGUGCUAUAUUUUAGCCUUUUACUAGCCAGUUUGCUCA